GACAAGUCUUCAGAGUAGUCAAGUGUUGGGGUUCCUACACCAUCCAUGUAACACAUCAUAACAAUUCUCUUCCACCAAGAGGAGACAAGUGUAUCUUCAUACUAAGACAGGAGAGUGCCUUGGAAGUUAUCAUGCUAGCUGAAUGUGUGGUGCUUGUGGCAUGCAGCAUCAGUGCCACACUCAGUGUAUACAGUGCUCCUAAGUGCCCAGUACAGUGUGUGUGUGAACACCCAAGGAUCAAGUGUGAAGGGGGAAUAAUACCUUCACUAGACACAAGACUUACUUCCCUUCAGAUAUAUGAUGCAUCUCCUGCCAUCACCAGCCUCACAUCUGAUAUAACAAAAAAACUGCACCACCUUGAAGACCUGCAGCUACAUGGUGUGGGGCUGAGAGAGAUAAAAGCUGGAGCACUCCAAGUAAUUACCAACCUUCACAGCCUGAAGAUCACCAAUAAUAACAUCUCCAAAAUUGGUGCAGCAACUUUUAUAAAUUGUAGCAGAAUGACUUAUCUUAACCUUGAAAAUAAUAAUAUUUCUGUGAUUGAAGACGAGACAUUUGCUGGACUGAGCAAUCUUCGUAACCUCAGUAUAGCUCACAAUGCAUUACUUUCUCUACCGAAAUACUUACCAGCAAAACUCCAAGUUCUUGAUACAGAAUACAACCAGAUAACUGAAGUUCAAAAUUUAUCUCUCAGUAUCUGACUUCUCUCAACCUGUGCUACAAUGCUAUCUCCUACAUAGAACCA